GGAGUUUGACAAUCAGCUGUGAGUGGGGAGGAAAAGGCAAACUCUUGUGUGUUAUGUAGUUGAUGUCCUCAAGCGUAUCGUUGCAGUUGUAGCUAUGGCGUGUUUAAGUCCGAGUAGGAUCUGUGCUCGUGUUCAAGAUAAGUUAUUGUGUCAUUUCGGACAUAAAGUUCAAGUUCGGAGGCAAACUGUAUUUGUGAAACUUAAACCUCCUGGACCCUCCCCAUUGCGGAUAUUCGGAAAGACCUGCCAGCGCGUGACAACCUGCGGGCCAGCAUGCGGCUCGGCCGGCGGCGCGCCGUCGCCCCCGCGCCGCGCCGCCUCCAGCCUGCAGUCGACCAGCACGGGGUCGCUGCCGGACUACGGGACACAGAUCGUCGACCCCUAUCGGCUGUUGGAGGACGACCUCACCGGGAUAUAUGAGGAUAUACGAUCUGAGUUGGAGAGGAACACAAACCAGUCGGAGCUGAACACGAUCGCCACGUACUACUUCGACGGGCAGGGCAAGGCUCUGCGGCCCAUGGUCGCCAUACUCAUGGCCCGGGCUAUCAACUACCACGUGUAUGGGGAGAACAGUGCGAUAUUGCCGUCUCAGCGGCAGGUGGCGAUGAUCAGCGAGAUGAUCCACUCGGCGUCGCUCAUCCACGAUGACGUCAUCGACCAGAGCGACUUCCGGCGCGGCAAGCCGUCCGUCAACGUACUCUGGAACCACAAGAAGGUGGCGAUGGCGGGCGACUUCAUUCUCGCCGUGGCGUCGAUGAUGAUAGCUCGUCUGCGCAGCGAUGACGUCACACUCGUACUCAGUCAGGUGGUGACGGACCUGGUGCAGGGCGAGUUCAUGCAGCUGGGCAGCAAGGAGACGGAGAACGAGCGGUUCGCGCACUACCUCACCAAGACCUACCGCAAGACCGCCUCGCUCAUCGCCAACUCCGUCAAAGCGGUGGCUCUGCUAAGCGGCGCGGACGAGGCGACCAGCGAGCUCUGCUUCCAGUACGGGCGCAACCUCGGCCUCUCGUUCCAACUGGUGGAUGACUUGCUAGACUUCGUGUCCUCCGCGCAGGCCAUGGGCAAGCCCACCGCCGCCGACCUCAAGCUCGGCCUGGCUACUGCGCCCGUGCUGUUUGCUUGUGAAAAGUACCCAGAGCUGAACCCAAUGAUAAUGAGGAGGUUCCAAGAAGCAGGCGACGUGGAGAAGGCUUUCGAGCUGGUGCACAAGUCACGUGGUCUCGAGCAGACGCGGUUCCUCGCACGCAAACACGGUAUGGAGGCCGCAAGACUGGCCGCGGAGCUCGCCGACUCUCCCUACCAGAAGGGAUUAGUCGUCACCACAGAUUUGGUACUCAAUAGGAUCAAAUAGCCUCCCACCACCAAACGCGGAAGUUACGGACUCAACGAAAGGCAUCCACAGUUCUAGCUUUAAUUUCACUGGUGACGCCAUGUGUUGGUGACCAAGUUGGCUGGUGUUUGAAGGCUUGAUGAUUUUGUUCUGUUGGUUUAUUGAUAUUAUUUGAUUUUAUGAUACGACCUGUCCAUUACUUUGAUAAUGCUGAGUAAGAUUCCUUUUAGAUGUUCACUUAGAUGUUGAAAAAUUAGUUAAACUAUUUCAUCAGCCGAAUGACAUUGGUCAACUUGGUCGCAAAAUACAUUGUUUUCAUAGAUAUUAAAUAACUGAAAGGCAAUUAAUUGGUCUCGAUGUUGUUGUUUUAAAUAAGAAGUGGGACGCAAUGUCCUGUCGAACUCGAAUUCUCAAAAUAUUUUUAGCAGUCACACAAUAAUUUAGCGAUUAUGUGUAUAUCCUAAGAGUACUUUGAAAAUAUCCUUUGUCAUUACCUUUAGAAGUAAAGGUUUAUUGAGAAGCCCCAGAAUUAUGGAUACCUUUUUUGUAAAGGUGUAAGCGUAUUGAGACACGUAAUUUUUAAUUUUAUUUGAGUCUUCGUGUGUGUGUGUUUGUGUGUUUGUGUGUAAAUGUGAGUGCGAGCUCUGUCACGUAUGAUCAAAGACUUGUGUGAUGAGAGUGGGUGAGCGAAGUGUGAGUGUGAAAUGUGCAUGUGUGUAUUUCAGUUGUUCUACGAGAUUUUAUCGUAAAGUUAUAUUUCAUAUUCUGUAAAGUACGUGCCCUUUAUAAAUAAAUAUGCAUAAUAAAUAGAUUUCGGUUACACGUUAAAUAUAUCGUUAUAUACUUAGUCAGUCGGACUGAUUAUAGACAUUUAAAUUUAUUUAUAUUAUUGUAUUUUUGUCUAUUUAGCAUUUUGUACUUAACUAUAUAUUCUUGUGACCUGAUUCGUCUUAAGUUUUCAGCGAAGUAUAUUUUUUAUGUAAAAGCGUAUGAAAACUGAAUAUUAAAUGUAGGUAAAUAAUGUGUCGAGUGAUUGCGCAGUGUGACCACUUGUUACCAAAUACAUGUUUGUUAAAUAAAUGUACAAUGACAUGACCAGGCUAUAUCGAUGAAUACAUAAAAUACUUAUAAAAUAUCAAUACUUUGCACUUCUGUGUAUACUUGUA